UCAUGUUGUUUUCUGGUCUCUCCCAUUCUAUCGAAAUAAGUCAAUUCGGCAAAUUUUUCAAAAUGUGAAUGAAUCGUGAUUGAAGCUGUAUGUGAAUCUUUCACCCAAGUGUCAUCUAUUUGGUUUUUAAUCAUCCGUUGGACUUUUUUAGACAUUCGGAAUGAAUUUAUGCCCCCUUGAAAAUAUAUGUCGCCUUUGCGCUAAUUCUGCAAAGAUGUUGAUAGGAGUCUUUUCGCCCGAGGGCGAGAAGAAACAUCUUGAAAGGAAGAUUCGAAUGUGUUUAAUGAUCACUGUGUCUCCAUCAGAUGACAUGCCAAAACAAGUCUGUUUUAAAUGUGUUGAAAAAUUAGACAUAGCAUAUGAUCUAUAUUUAAUGUGUAAUUCGGCACAAACUACUAUUAAGCGGCUACUGAAGUUUACUCAAGAGAAUUCAAAACCAGCACCAAAGAGUUGCUUUAUCACUGAGUGUGAAAAGACAGAGAGACAGCUAGAAAGCUACACGCCGGGUCAACCACUUCCAAACAGGGGUUGCUUUAUCGAAUCAGGACCUCUUAGCAGGAGACCAGUGGCACCCAGUGGCUUAUCAAUUUCUACUGAGGUCAUCACCACACCACAGAUGGUAGUCAGUAGUCCUACUACAGUGCAGCAGAACCCAGCUCAUUUCCCUGCAUCAGUAGUAUUCACCCAGUCAAAUUCUACCCAACCAUCCAACCAAUUUCAGUCUGUAGGACAAAUUAGGCCUGCCCACCUUAACCCCACAAUUGGCCAAGUUCGACCUGCCUAUCAACCGCAAAUGCCUGAAUAUCAAUCUGUCGGGCAAAUUAGACCCAGCCACCCUAUUCCGACACCUGAGUUUCAAUCUGUUGGACAAAUCAUACCCGCUCACUCCGCACAAGUGCCAGUAUUCCAGGUGUCUGGACCAAGUAGAAGCACCUUUCAUGUUCAAAUGCCGGAAAUUCAGUCUGUUGGACAAAUCAGAAGCAAUCACUCUAACCAGCCAUCUGAACUUCAGUCUGUGGGGCAAAUCAGAUAUAGUCAUCCCGCUCAGAUCUCUGAAUUUGAGUCUAUUGGGCAGAUUAGAAACAGUCAUCCCACUCAGAUGUCUGAAUUUCAGUCCGUGGGACAAAUCAGGCCUGCCCAUCCUAUAUGCACAGCAGAAUUUCAGUCUGUUGGACAGAUUAGACCUGCUCAACCUGCAUUGACAUCAACCUCCGGUCCUAAUUUUUCAACGAAUCAGGUUGAUAGCAAAUCGGAUAUUCUCCUGAAACAAGCAAAACAAGCUGUUGGUGAAAUCAAAACUCCAACAAAAAAAGCCUCACCUGUACCAAAAUUACCGCAGAUUUCUAAAAAUGCUAACUCUGUCGUAAAUAACGUCAAAGAACCUGGAAAUGUAGUUGCCUUGCAGAAUUCUGUUCCAAUCAUUCCUGAGCCUCUAGUUGCAGUGUGUGAAACAGGGACAAAAGAAUCAGUAAAAGCAGUCUCUGCAGUGCCUAGUGGACAUCUUGUAGAUAAUUUUGAUCCCCUGGGCGACAUUAGUGAAAUUAAGACCAUCUCUCAUGAUUCAGGAACAUCUGCCUCCAAAAGGCCGAAACACUCCAAUGUAGAGGUUGCGUGUAAAUAUUGUGGGAAAUUGUUCUCGGAAAAUGUUAUCACUCUUCAUCAAAACCUUCAUCUACGGGUGAAGUUUUUCACUUGUGUAUCCUGUGAUAAGAACUUCACAACAGAAGCAGGCUUAAAUAGGCACAAAUGUGAAAGCGUGGAACCCGGCACAUAGGCUUUAAUAAAAAAUAAUGAAUGCUGAACAAAGCUUGCCUACUGCACACAGGCAGUUUAUUCAUGUGAUAAAAAUUCAAGAUGAUAAUCUCCGAUGAUUUUUCUGUAUAAUGUAAUAGUGGAAGAUUGGUCACUGAAGAGGUACUUACUCAAUUUUUUUUUUUUAACAUGUUUAAUUUUACACCUAUCAGAUGUAUUACAAUGGGCCCGUUGCAAAAUUUUGCCAGACAAAAAAUAAAAGUUGUUCCUUGUAGAUAAUGUCUCAAAAAUCACGAUGAGCGCAUCAGCAAACUCUGAAUAGUACUCCUAGCUUCACAAUCUGCUUAAGAAAUUUGCGUUUUUUAAGCUACCCGCUUCAAAAAGGAUACUACAGUACGGGUAAACAUUUCUUUAGAGGAAUUGUUCCAUUCAAUCCCUGCUCAACAUGGCCAACACUUCCGCAUGCAAGUUAAGGAGAGCAUGAGCUCAAUCAAGGCGGAUAUCUAUCAACGCAAGAAAAAUGAGAAUGUAAACACGCCGAUUGUUAUCAGGUGGUUAGAAUCAUCGUCCCAUGUUUUUAGGCGGGUUGGCGUCUGCCAUGUUGAAUAUUGCGUGGUAUCUUUGCGAGCAGGGGUUGGAUGGAAUGACUCCUCUAACGAAAUGUCCACCUGUGCCCUGGUAUCGUUUUGAAGCAGGAAGCUCCAAAAAUUGCAAAUUUCUUACGGAAAUUGUGAAGUAAGGAGUGCAUUUCAGACUUUGCUGAUGCGCUCAUCUUGAUUUUUGAGACAUUUUCUAUGAGCAAAAACUCUUAUUUUUGGUCUAGCAAAAGUUUGCAACAGGCCCAUUGUAUCAGCAUGCUGUGGGAAAUUGAUUCCCUAGGAGGGGUUAAAAUUCUGAAUUUAUUUUUUCCCCUUCACAUACCUUAGGGCUGUUCAAGUCUUCAAGCGAAGCAAAUGAUUUCAAAGUCAUGCCCCAAAGGAAUUUCCCCAUAUCUGGCGGUCCCAAUUAAGUACCUCAAAAAUUUUAGCCUCUCACAGCUCAUACGUAUCUACUCAUAUCAUCUUUCUUCUUGCCUCUUUUUUUAAAGGAAAUAUUACAUUGAUUUAAAUGGGGAAGAACUUGCUUUUCACAAUAAAUACUUUUUUUUUCAUAUAAUGUGGCAUAAACGGCCACUUUUAAAAAACCUUGACUAUUUUCACUGUAAAGCAUCAGAUUGCAAUUCAGCAUUUCCUGAACCCCGGGCACAGGUUUUAACGAAGAGGCUGAAAUUCUUACUCCCAUAGAACCCUGAAACACAGGAAAAUGCCUUUGGAAUAUGACUGAAAACUUUUGAUUUCUUCGAGCAAUCCUAAUACACAUACAGAAUACCUCAUAACAAAUACAUUGGUGACUAAAACUUAAAAUCGUCAAAAAUGGAAUAUGAUCCCUGUAACACAGUGCUUAUCAAUUGCACUGUAAAAAUACUAAUAGACUCUUUUUUUUGUUGUUUGAGCAUUAUAAUCAGCAUAAUAGGAAAAUAUUAGCAAAAGUAUUUAAACUCUAUGGUGACCGUUUAACCUCAUUUACAUUUUACAGUGCCAAUUUUCUCUCUCUUUUUUUCCAAAAUCAUACCAUUUUUCAACCAAAGAGGCCCCAUUUUUUGGAAAAUGGUAGGAUUUUUUAAUGAUUCCAGCUUGAUUAGAAAAAGAUUGGGGUACCACUUGAGAUAAGGUAUUUUUCUUCUUCUUUUGUUAAAAUUGUGAGUUUAUUCAGAGGUCAAACGACUUCAAAAUGUAUUUUUAACUGUUCAAGUGCUCUUGUCAGUAUUUUACACUAUCAGUGUAUUCCCAUGUUUUUUCUAAUUGAAUCAAAUACUUGUUUGUACCUGUUGCUGUAUCUUAUUGGUUGUAUUUAGUGGUAGAGUCUGGAUAGAACCACUCAUAAUGUAAUUUUCCGCUUUUCAUAUCUUCCAAACCAACAGUCAAUAAAAAAUUACUAUUAGGUAUGCUCCUAGCAUUAUCAUGUAUGAUGUAUCUUUUUCUUGCUCAGAAAAAAAUUAAAAUCAAAUUUAAAAAAUUUACCAAAAAGCACCAGAUGCCCGUUGGAUCUAUUGCAAGCUUCUGUUAGAGCAAAAAGAGGAGUUGUUUCAUAAGAAAUAUGAUUUUUUGAUAAAAAAUAUCGAACCGCAAUAUCAAAUUAAGGGUGGAAAAAUGAGGAUUAAAAGAAAUUCUCCACCUCUGCCUCUAAGGCCUGGCUUCUAAGGGAAAAAUUAGGCACCUGUGAACUGAGAGGAGGGAAUAUUGCAACUAUGUAGUAGUAGGAAACGAGUUUUCUAGUGGAUCACUGGGCUGAUUUUCAAAACUUUAGAGCUAGCUUUUAAGCUGAGAUUUUUUCUGGCGUGACACUUGUUGUGUUUGUAAUUUACCCCUAGUAGUUUGGAUGAUAUGAAAUAGGAAAACUUAUUUUUUGGAUUAAGUUUGUUUUCUGACGAAUAGGAGUCGUUAAUGCUUAUCCUAUUUCAAAACUCAAUCCAUUAGGAUUGAUGAACAACUUUCUAGAUUUUUGUGAAAAUUUUAAGGAUUGGUGCUUCUCUUAAUUUUAAGUUCUGUAGGAAAUCUCAAAACAAAACUCGUUUCUCGGAAAUUUUGCAAAACACUUGAAUUUGAUUCGCAAGUGUUCAGUAUUGAGUAAUAGAUCUGAACUAUCUAUUUCUGUAUUUUAACCAAAAGAUGUUCUGCUCAACCUAUAUUUUUUUAGACAUGCUCGUGAGAUUCCUGAAAGAACUGUCCGUAAUUUACGUAACAGGAUUCUCGGAUUUUUUUACAUCGACCGCCCCCUUGUAACACAAUCGUAAUGUUGGUCCAGACACGUCUAAAAUAAUUACGUAAUAUUUGCCGCUCACCCCCUCUCCUUCCUUUCACUUGAAAAAAAACUUGAAAGAAACAAGAGAGAGUAAGAUAAAAGGAAUUAACAUAUAACAUUGAAAAAGAAACAAAAAUUGGAAUCCAUUACAUAUUGUUACCUAACGCUGAGCUUGACACCUUCCCUCCCCUUGUCAUGCUCGGUCACAAAAUUAUGAAGAAUCACCCACCCCCUGAGUGUUACUUAAUUUAUGUACAGCCUGGUACAGCCCCAUCUUCAUUUCUCCUGUAUUCAGAAAAAUUAGUAAUUUUGUACUUCAGGAGUUUUAGUCUCUGAAUCUUUUUCUGAUCUCUGAUAUGUACUGAAUAAUUCAAGCUGAAUGAAUUUUAAAUAGGUAGUCAUUAUAUUUUGUUGAUUUCGUAUCAUAGCAUGAAAAGAUAUUCCUCCAUUGAGUUAUUUGUUUCUCUUCACUCUUGGGAGUGUUUGAACAAAUCUGAUCUGUGGCAACAGAUACUAAUUUUCCAACAUCAACUUUUGCCGAAAUACUGGAAAUCAAAUCAAAUGAAAUAGUAUCAUUCUUUCACCCUUUCAAUUUGUACAUUCACACACACACCCUCUCACCAACACACAUUCAUUUAUAUACACAUGAAGAAAUAAAACUCUAAUUAUUUACAGCAAACCAAUUUUUAUGGCUAAAAUAUAGAAGCAAAAGGAAAUUUGCUGAGACAUCCACAUUUUUACAAUUAUUUUUUUAUGAAUGAUCUGUCAAAAUCUUAUCUGUUACUAGUUCUAUCUUUUGUUAUUAUUUUCCUAGAUUUUUAUCAUUUGUAUUCAGAAUUUGGAGGUACAAUACUGAUCAUCGUACUUAAUCAUUAUUCUGCCUCCAGUUUUUACAUGAAAAGGUAUUUGCACAGGUUUAAAGCCUCUGUUCCCUAAUUUUAAUUAUUUUAUAACACACCGAGUACUGACGCCAUGCCAGUUUCACUGCGUUCCAGUCACUCUGCUGCUGAACGGACUCCCAACUUCUGAGUUAAAAGUCAGAACCAGAUCACUAUCAACUCCUGCAGACAUUAAAAAUUUAUCCCACCAGGAUAAGCUACAAAAAACAUCUGACCUGUCGUAACUUUUUCAAUUUUGAAGUUAAUAUGUUCUGUUCUGCCUUGAAAAAUGAGAAGUUGUAUUACAGUUGUUUACAUUGAAAGUUUUCAUCACAGUUCUUGUCUCACAGCUCUUGAUCUCAUGAUUUGAUCAAGCAAAAAUUUAGACCUUAAUUUUUAUUUUUAUCCAACAGAUCAUACCCGGGCCCCAAGCACAAUAUUUUUGAAAAUGUGUACUUAAAAGACAAAAGAAAAUGUUAAGAUCAAUGAAAGGAGCAGAGAGGAGGUAGAGAAUAUAGUUUUAGGAUGAGUGGCUAAAAUCGAACCACCACAUCCAUAUCUCUACCAAAAGGUAUAUAUAAAAGCUCCAAUUUCAGCUUAUUUCCCUUUAAGUUGAAUUCAUGAAACGAUUUUCUUUUCGAAGUUAUACGAGAGUUUCGAAGUUUUUUCAUACCAUUAUGCAUGAAGUCAUCUGACGUUUAUUUAUUCGUUCUUUCUGACAACCUGAGUCAAAAAGUAAUUAGACGAGAAAUUCUCACAUGGCUACUGCAGUUUUAUCGCAUUGUUCUUCUCAGUGAAACAACAUUAAGGUUGUUCCUCAUGCAGGGUAUAGAUCGUUUCAGUUGCUUAGUUGUGUUUGCCAAAAUUGUCACUAGAGGCAGUAUUUACCCUGUAGCAGGAACAUGGAAAUGUGUUACAAGGUUGACUACAAAUCUUGGAUCCUUCUACUUAACAUAAUUAUUAUUUUCUUCAGUUUUAGCUCUAUACAGUGUUACAUUUUGUACUUUUCUAUGGUUAGAGUAUGCCAUUUUCUUUGAUUUGCUCAUAUCUAAGAGUUAUUUAAAUUUUUGAUAAUAUACUCAAUGUUCAAAAAAAUA